AUCCAGACCCACUCGCCUAUCUCAGGGUGUUAUGCUGACCAUCGGUAGAUCAAACUACAUGCGAUUUAACCACCCCGCCGAGGCAAAAAUAAUGAAAUCCGUUCUCCCCAACCCCCGAAUCUCCAUGGCUUCGAUCACGUUCGAGCCCGACAAUUCUUUCCAAUCUAAAUACAAUAAAAAACCACCAGCAGUGCCUCGAAAAAACUCGAAAGAAUCCCUCAUCGAAUCGGGCGUCGAAGAGCCAGUGCCUUCCAGUAUUAUGACCAAAGUGUCAAAAUUCGAGUAUUUAGCCCAACAAAAUUUCAAAAAAAGCAUAUCACCGAAAGUGUUCUCAUCAAAUCUAGUUACUGUAAAUACGCCAGCGAAAGACGUCCUCGGGAAAUCGCCCCCCGAUCUUCAGAACUUUAGCAAAAAUUUACCACAGAAUGUCUUAAACUACUCCGAGAUGAACCACAACGAAAAACAGCAAAUUAAAAGCUCGGAUCGGCCAAUGUUUGGGAAAAAAUCGCCACAGUACGUUAAUGUGACGGUUAGCGAGAAGAAAAACAUAAAUAAUAAAGUGAUUAUUUACGAAAAUGGAUGUAUUCCGAAAAACCAAAAUGUUGAGUGCAACGAAUGGAACAAUAAAAGCUCAAGUAAUAAAAAUGUUAACAUGAAUCGGGCUCUAACACCAUCGCCGAAUUACAACAGAAAUCCUUCUCCACUUUUUCGGAGCACAACGCCGAAUAAUUGCAAAAAAGAAACUGAAAUUACAGAAAACUGUAACGAUGCCGAGUUAAAGAGGACGCAGGCGCAACAAGAACGAAUCAAAGAGCAAGAAAUCGGGAAAGCAGAACAAGCAAGACUCGAGGAAAUUUUAAAUAUGUGUGUUGAAUACGAAAAGCAAGCACAAUCAGAAAAAAAUAAACUCACACCCAAUAGAAUAAAAACUAACGGUUCGCUACCUCGUGAUAAGCGUCAAUAUGGACCCUUAUCUCCUGUGUACACAACUCCUCCGCCCUCACCGAGAGACAUGGAAAUCGUCCAGCACGAAAACAGGAGGAACAAUUCUUCGUACGAAAAUAUUACUAUUAAUAGGGAUAAUUCAUCGGAACGAAUUAAUGCCAAUUAUGAUAAUGUUGACGAGUUUAGGACAACGAAGUGCAACAGUCCAUACGAAAAUAUCGUCCCGGCGCAUCAAUCGCCAAGGACGAGGAUCAAAACCAUCGCUUCCUCAAACCGUGACGGCAAAUCCAAAGACACAGCGGAAAUAAUCGAAAACAAGUUCGCCAUCCUCGAAGCGGAGCAAUACCUCCUCCAGAAUCUCACAAUCAACGAUGAAACGAACAAAAUCCGCGAAACGACAAAAUUCAUCUUUCCCCUCGAAGAAAAUUCCACCUCACUCAACAACAACAAACCGAAAUUGAAUAACACUGAGAAAAUCCGCAAAGAACGGAAGGAAAUUCUCACACAAAUCUCCUCAAUUAAGCGCCACAUCGCCGAGUCGGAAAUCCACGAGGAGGAAUUGCAGCGCGACAUCGAGCUGGAAAACGCCCUCAUUUCCGGCGAACACAAAGCAAAACUCCUAGAAUUGGACAAACUCGAGCACCGGAAGGAGAAACUCUUCAAGUGUGCUCAAAAACUAGAAGAGAGUAUGUCUCACCAGCAGACGAAACAAGACCAAGACCAGUUAAAAUGCAAGGAAAAGCUGGAAUUAGCCCAGGAGAGGAUGCUCCAAAUCGAGGGGAAGUUGGCCAAGACGCCCAAAAGCGAUCCCGAGUACGAGAACGUCUUCGAGGAGUAUUUGAAAGCUCAGGAGGUGCUUGAUAACGAGAAGAAAGCGUUUGAAGACCUCGAGUUCCACCAUUUGGAAGAGGAAGCCGACUGGUUGGCAAGUCGGGAAGAAGUCCAAAGGGAGAUUCUCGACUUGACCAAAAAAAUUGACUCGGUUAAAGAGCAAAUCCAGGAGUUGGAACAACAAAAGUACAACAUCUCGAAAAACAACACCACGGAAGUGAAAAUCAUCCGAAUGAGACGUGACGAAUACAUGCGAAAAUUGGAACGACUUUCACUAGUUUUGAGACGAAUUGACAACGAAUUAUCCGUUUUUGCCCAUCAAGAAUCCGACCAAGAGGAGUCCACUGAUAGUGACAGUGAUAAAUCUAAAGACCUUGACAAACACUUAUCCAACUUAUCACUCAAUGUGAUCCAUGAUUUGAGCUGUUCGGUCAUCGUGAGCAACACCAAGACUUCAAUCGACCACAUGUACAACAUGUCGCAGUCAUUUAACGAAAAAUUACUGCAGGAAAAAUCAGUUUUGGAGACGGGAAUUGGUACCAAAUGCCCCAGUCAAGACGACAUCGACAGGAUCAGUAAAGUGACAUCAAGUGCCCCGAUUAGUAUCAAUGAACAACAAGGAUCUCUCGGAAGAAAAACUAUCGAAUCUUUGAAGGAUAUCGAGAGGAUGAGACAUCUUCAUUUGUGCCAACAAGGUUCGCAGGUUAUCGAGCAGGAGAGACAAAGAGUCCUGGCUUUGAAACAAAGGGUUCAACAUGAAGUGAGGAUCAAGUGGGCGCAGAGCAGGCAGGAUUGUGUGGUUCCCGACGCGGGAGAGAAGAGAAACAGUGUGGAAAUUGUUGAACGACAAUCCGAAAGGCCGGUUUCAAAAUCACCCACGUCAAACGAACAGAUACGAUCCGGCUCAAGCGAGGCGGAUUCGCCCCGUCCCAUGUCUGAAAUCAGCGAAAUAAGCACCGAUUUCGGGGAAAUCUCGACUAAGAAAAGGACAAAACCCCAUGGUGACAAACAAAGACCCUUAACCCGAUAUUUGCCCAUCAAAGGUUCAGACCUCGACCUACGACAACAUAUAGAAUCAGCAGGGCAUCAAGUGGUGCUGUGCCCCCACGUUAUCAUCAACUCGAGCAGUUGUAGAGGCUUUCUGCACAAAAAAGGCUCCAAACUAAACGGUUGGUCGAAAAGGUGGUUCGUUUUCGACCGAAAUAAGCACACAUUAACUUAUUACAACGACAAGAGUGAGAAGAAAGCGCGUGGUGGGGCGUAUUUUCAAGCGAUCGAAGAAGUUUAUUUGGACCACCUGAAUAGUGUCAAAUCGCCAAACCCACAAUUAACCUUCAUUGUGAAAACCCACGAAAAGUCCUACUAUUUACUAGCACCCUCACCUGAAGCUAUGAGGAUUUGGGUUGAUGUUAUUUUUACGGGGGCUGAGGGGUACCAAGAGUUUGAACAUGGUACUUGAAAUUUUUUAAAUAAUGUCAAAUGUAUUGUUAAGUUUGUAAAUUUCUCUACUUAGUGGUGUAUUUUACAGAAUUGAAUAAUAUUUUACCAUUUUUACGAAUAGAGUAUUUUUCUAUGUUAAUCUUUACGCCGUCGAAUAUACCUAAUUUAUUAACGAUUAGUGCCUUUUGAAGAGACUGUUUUAUACGUUUAUAAAAUUGCACAAAUCUGUAGCGCUAGGUAUUAGGAAAAUUGUGAUGUCCAUAUGUAUUACCAACUAAAAAUAAAACGUGUAGCAAACUUG